CUUGCUUUGUCUAUCGAUACCCGCCGCGCGGCAGCCAAAACAGAGCAAGCACUAUGGACGAGCGCUCAAACAUCAUCUUCGAGGACCGGUUCACCGUGUCGGACGUCGACAAGGACGGCAAGAAGUUUGACCGCGUGUCGCGCAUCGUCGCGACCAGCCGCGAGCUCAACAUGCACCUGACGCUCGACAUCGCGUCCGAGCUGUACCCCGUGGCGGAGGGCGAGGCGUUCGCGCUGGCCGUUGUGCGCUCCCUCACGCCGGACCAGGACGCCAAGGACGCCGCGGCCGACGAGAACGGCGACGGCGCCGACGACGAGGGCAACCGCAAGGUCCGCCGCGAGCUGUGGCGCGCCCCCGACCAGGGCCUCGCCAACGACUACGACUAUGUCAUGCACGGCAAGAUCUACAAGUUUGACGACUCGCAAAAGGGCGACAACAUGACCACGGCCUACUUUUCCUUUGGCGGCCUCCUCAUGGCCCUUCGCGGCUCGUACCGCCACCUCGCCAACGUCGUCGUCGGCGAAAACGUCUACCUCCUCAUGCGCAAGUAGAGUGCCGCGCACGGGUGUGUAGUAUUAGCAUUGCAUGAUGUACAGUAUAUCACGGUCGUGGGCGGCGACGAGCCGCGAAGGUGGCGUGAAGGCUGGCCUAUAGGUGUGUUGACCUUGGGGCGGCAUUUGACAACAGGCCACGGCACAACACCGAC